AUGGGGUCCGUACCAGCAGCCAAGGGCAAAGAAGCUCUGGAGCUCUAUAAUAAACCCCCAGCUCUGGUCUUUAUAAUAAACCCCCAGCUCUGGAGCUCUAUAAUAAACCCCCAGCUCUGGAGCUCUAUAAUAAACCCCCAGCUCUGGAGGUCUAUAAUAAACCCCCAGCUCUGGAGCUCUAUAAUAAACCCCCAGCUCUGGAGCUCUAUAAUAAACCCCCAGCUCUGGAGCUCUAUAAUAAACCCCCAGCUCUGGAGCUCUAUAAUAAACCCCCAGCUCUGGAGCUCUAUAAUAAACCCCCAGCUCUGCUCUAUAAUAAACCCCCAGCUCUGGAGCUCUAUAAUAAACCCCCAGCUCUGGAGCUCUAUAAUAAACCCCCAGCUCUGGAGCUCUAUAAUAAACCCCCAGCUCUGGAGCUCUAUAAUAAACCCCCAGCUCUGCUCUAUAAUAAACCCCCAGCUCUGGAGCUCUAUAAUAAACCCCCAGCUCUGGAGCUCUAUAAUAAACCCCCAGCUCUGGAGCUCUAUAAUAAACCCCCAGCUGGUCUUUAUAAUAAACCCCCAGCUCUGGAGCUCUAUAAUAAACCCCCAGCUCUGGAGCUCUAUAAUAAACCCCCGGCUUUGGGGCUCUAUAAUAAACCCCCAACUCUGGUCUAUGUGUGGAUGA